UCUUGUUGCCUCCAAAUCCACUUACUGUGUGUAUUAACGCAGUUUCGGCUCACUCACAGCGCUCGCCUCUCACCCUCUUAUCCAAACCAAUCCCUUCUCCCUCUAAACCCUAAAACCCCUUUUCGCCUCCGCCGUUUUCUUUUUCAAAUAGGGUAGAUGGCUUCUACUUUCACAGCCAUGUCUUCCGUUGGUACCCUUGCUGCACCUGGAAGCCGUGUCGUGGAUAAAAAGCUUCUAUCGUCUUCUGAUAAGUUGACUUCUCGCACGUCCAUUUCUUCAUUUGCGCUCCCGAAAAGACAGAGCGUAGUUCUUAGAAGAAACCGUUCUUCCAAGAUCUCUGCCAUGGCGAAGGAGUUGCACUUCAACCAGGAUGGUUCGGCUAUUAAGAAAUUACAGAAUGGUGUGAACAAACUUGCAGACUUGGUCGGAGUUACUCUUGGUCCUAAAGGAAGAAAUGUGGUUCUUGAGAGCAAGUAUGGCUCCCCGAAAAUUGUCAAUGAUGGUGUAACCGUUGCAAAAGAGGUUGAGUUGGAGGAUCCAGUUGAGAACAUUGGUGCUAAGCUAGUCAGACAAGCUGCUGCAAAGACCAACGACUUAGCCGGAGAUGGAACGACAACUUCAGUUGUUUUGGCUCAGGGUCUUAUUGCUGAAGGUGUCAAGGUCGUGGCAGCUGGAGCAAACCCUGUUCUUAUCACAAGAGGCAUUGAAAAAACGGCCAAAGCGCUGGUUUCUGAACUCAAACAAAUGUCGAAAGAGGUUGAAGACAGCGAAUUGGCCGAUGUGGCUGCAGUUAGUGCUGGAAAUAACUACGAAGUGGGUAACAUGAUAGCCGAAGCCAUGAGCAAGGUAGGACGAAAGGGUGUGGUGACUCUUGAAGAGGGAAGGAGUGCCGAUAACAGUCUCUAUGUCGUCGAAGGAAUGCAGUUUGACAGGGGUUAUAUCUCUCCUUAUUUUGUCACCGAUAGCGAGAAAAUGGCUGUGGAAUUCGAUAAUUGCAAGCUGCUUCUUGUUGACAAAAAGAUCACUAAUGCAAGGGAUCUUAUUAACAUACUGGAAGAGGCCAUCAGAGGUGGUUAUCCCGUUUUGAUAAUGGCCGAGGAUAUCGAGCAAGAAGCUCUGGCAACUCUUGUAGUAAACAAACUGAGAGGAUCUUUGAAGAUCGCUGCACUUAAAGCUCCAGGGUUUGGCGAGCGCAAGAGCCAGUACCUUGACGACAUUGCUAUUCUUACUGGAGGCACGGUUAUCAGAGAGGAGGUCGGGCUUUCCUUAGACAAAGCGGGAAAGGAGGUACUUGGAACUGCAUCCAAGGUCGUGCUUACCAAAGAUACCACGACAAUUGUUGGCGACGGUAGCACCCAAGACGCAGUUUCUAAGCGUGUUGCACAGAUUAAAACUCUGAUUGAGGCUGCAGACCAGGACUACGAGAAAGAGAAACUUAACGAGAGAAUCGCCAAACUUUCUGGUGGUGUAGCAGUUAUACAGGUUGGAGCACAAACCGAGACCGAACUCAAGGAAAAGAAACUGAGAGUUGAAGACGCUCUUAACGCUACGAAGGCAGCUGUUGAGGAAGGUAUUGUUGUUGGCGGUGGUUGCACCCUCCUUAGACUCGCAUCGAAGGUCGACGCGAUCAAGGAAUCCUUUGAAAAUGAUGAAGAGAAGGUCGGAGCAGACAUUGUCAAGAGAGCAUUAGCUUAUCCCCUCAAGCUGAUAGCGAAGAACGCCGGUGUCAACGGUAGCGUUGUUAGCGAGAAGGUGUUGUCCAGUGACAACUUUAGAUAUGGAUACAAUGCUGCAACUGGGAAUUAUGAAGACCUUAUGGCUGCUGGAAUCAUCGAUCCAACCAAGGUGGUUAGAUGCUGCUUAGAACACGCAGCUUCAGUGGCGAAGACAUUCUUGAUGUCGGACUGCGUGGUGGUGGAGAUCAAGGAGCCUGAACCAGUUGCUGCCGGCAAUCCCAUGGACAAUUCAGGAUAUGGGUACUGAUGAGAGUAGCAGUCAAAAGAGGAAGAGAGUAAUAAUGGAGGCAGCUAGCUAUGAAUGGUGUUAAAAAGAGGCCAUUUUUCUUGUUUAUUUUUGUAGAUUCAGCCAUUUCUUUGUCCUAAACAGAGUCCUUAGAAGAAAAUAUGAAAGCAUUCAAAGAACAUUAGAAUGAUGGAGACAGGAUCUUCUUUUGUGGAAUUUUAAUGAUUCAGAGCAUAUUCUUCUUUU